UUCAGUGAGAACGGGACAGUAGAGAGACAGUCAGCACAGGAGCGCACAGCAGCAGCACUGUGCGCUUUGUCCCGCAAUUACUACAACAGUAUUUACUGUUCAUACUAUACUAGCUACUUAGAGGGAUAUUAUUAAUUAUGCAUUAUUAAUAGUGCGUAAAGACAUGAGCACCAGAAACAGAUCCCCACCGGACUGAUCAAUAACACACAUCCUCUUUCAUCAGGACCACCGGUUUUAAACCUGGACGUGCGUUUGCGUGUUCCCUAAACAAGUGGAUUUAAUUCUCUAUCCUGCUGUUGUAGAGAGUCGGAUGCGUUGAACCGCUGUGUGAAGUGUAGAGCAUCAGCGUCAGUGGACUUCAUCCUCCUCAGUCUCUGGAUCAGGACACAAUGGAUCUGACAGCGGUCGCGCUGCUCGUGUCGCUCAUCUCCGUGUCUCUGUCAGCGGAUAACGCGGGCGGCAAAGUGCGGAGCUGCGCGGAUGUGCGCCAGUUCUACAGCGGCAAAGGCUUCACGUUAAACGGCGUCCCGCAGUCCGAGAUAUCAGGUGAGCAUCUCCGCAUCUGCCCACAAGGUUACACCUGCUGCACCAGUGCCAUGGAGGAGACGCUGUCGAAUCUGAGCCGCCGGGAGUUUGAAGGCCUGGUUAGGGAAGCGGGACGUUCCAUUCAAGCCUCGCUGAAUGCCCAGUACAGGACCUUCGACAGUGAGUCCAAAACUCAAAUGCAUUCAGUUCCUUUGAGCCUGGAGUGUAAUCGUGCCAUUAUGAAACUGGUGUACUGCCCUCAUUGCCGAGGGCUGGGAUCAAUCAAACCUUGUGUCAACUACUGCAAGAACGUCAUGAAGGGCUGCCUGGCUAAUCAGGCUGACCUGGACACUGAGUGGCAGAGCUUUAUAGAAACCAUGCUACAGGUGGCCUCCAGUUUUGGUGCCGAGCCCAGUAUGGACACGGUGAUCUAUUCAAUUCCUGUGAGAAUCUCAGAGGCUGUUCUCGCCAUGCAGGAGAACAUGGAGAUCUAUACCAGCAAGGUUUUCAAGGCCUGUGGGGACCGUGGUGAGGAAGGAACACCGAGUUCAAUAUCUGAGGAGCCGAAAAAGAAAGGAAGUACAGUUACUGUCCUGGAAUACAAACCCAGCCCCAAAUCUGCAGCAAGACUGGAGGUGCAGGUCACAGACGUGUCCAGUAAACUGAAGGAAAUGCAGUUUUACUGGAUUCAACUCCCUUCGGCUCUGUGCAGCGGUAAAACGGCAUCUUCAACCAGCAGUGACAAAUGCUGGAAUGGCAUCACAAAAGCCAGUUACCUCCCAGAGGUCAUGGGCGAUGGGCUGGCCAAUCAGAUUAAUAACCCAGAGGUAGAGAUCGACAUCACCAAGCCCGACAGGACUAUACGUCAACAGAUCAUGCUGCUGAAGAUCAUGUCAAACCGCCUGAAAAACGCACUCAAUGGCAACGAUGUAGAUUUCCAAGACACAAGUGAUGAUUUUAGUGGCUCAGGAAGCGGCAUGUGUGCAGACCACCUGUGCGUCCGUGGUAGACCUCCAGUCUUUGGGCCGAAAACGGACAGGCCUAAACUCUACGCCUAUGUCCCUGAAAACAAAAGAGUCAAAGGAUCCGGGAACCAGAUUCAGCCUUCCGUCAUCUUACUGGUUCUGUUACUCGCGACUCUACUGCUGAGACGAUAAUGGAGACGCUAAAUCGAACUUUGGGAUCUGGGUCAGGAAAGGGAUAGGACAAGGAAUGUUUCAAAAGAAAAAGAAUAGAUAAAAAUGAGAAAAGGUGAGCUUAAAAAUUGCCAAAAGAAACCUUUUGAGUGAAUGGACAUUUUAAUUCCUCUGGAAUACGACAUGAGAAUAGGUGGAAAAGGAAGUUUGUUUCUGUGUAUUUUUAUGUUUUGUAAUAUACGUCAGAAUUAAGAGCUGACUUGUUACAUCAAUUGACAUCUUGCUUUUUUAUCUUUGAAUGUAAAAAGAUGAACUGGACAGGAAGAAUGGCGGUGUAGAUUUACAAUACGAGGUUCUCAGCCACCUAAGCGACUUAUCCACAAUUCUUUGCUUUUAAAGUCACACAGUCACCAAGUCACCUCGUGUUUCAUCUCACCAUGCUUGAGUUACGCAAGUUUGUCUUUGCACAACUGUUCUUUUUGUCUUAAAUAUUUCAGAGAUGGACAUUAAAAACAAAAAACUACAUCAGUCUGAUCCCUUUUAGAUUACAAAAUGUAUGAACUUUGGCAUGGACAUGAAUUGAAAUACAGAAUUGCUGAAUAUCUGAGGAAUUAUGUAAUUAAUUGGAAUUAUGAAUGGUGUUUUUUUUUUGUUUGUUUUUUACUGUGAUUCACUUGGUUGAGUCAGCAAUUAUUUUGUAUGAUAGCAAGCUGCAAUAAUAGAUGAAUUAAUUUCACACAAAAAAAACUGUCAGGAAAUGUUUUUCACACCAACAUCAAAAGAAAAAUAAAUAUUUUGCA